AUAAAACCCGGAACCUCAUCCAAGAAAAGGGAAAGCCCUUGAGCUAAACUAAAAAAUGGGGGCUCUGACACUAAGAUUACCUUCUCUCUCCUCCAUUUUCAUCCCACCUUAUCUUUCCUCCCGCACACCGGCGCUUAUACGCCGCCACAACCGUAUUCAAUCAACCGUAAGAUUAUGCGCUUCUUCAACAGAAGCAGCAGCUCCUCCUAGCAAGUCGAAAUCAGAAGACAGAGCAAUUACUCCGCGUUCUCAGGACUUCAAUGCUUGGUACCUCGAUAUUAUCGCCCAUGCUGAGCUUGCAGAUUAUGGUCCUGUUCGUGGUACCAUGGUUAUUCGCCCUUAUGGUUAUGCUAUCUGGGAAUCCAUUCAGGAUUAUUUGAAUGUGAAGUUCAAGGAAACUGGUCACAGCAACAUGUACUUCCCACAGUUUAUACCGUAUUCAUUUAUAGAGAAGGAAGCUAGUCAUGUUGAAGGUUUUAGUCCAGAAUUAGCUCUUGUAACUGUUGGAGGAGGAAAGGAACUUGAAGAAAAACUUGUGGUUCGACCUACUAGUGAAACUAUAGUGAAUCAUAUGUUCACUCAAUGGAUCCAUAGUCAUCGUGAUCUUCCACUAAUGAUUAAUCAGUGGGCAAAUGUCACGAGAUGGGAGAUGCGCACAAAACCUUUUGUGAGGACUCUUGAAUUUCUUUGGCAAGAGGGUCAUACUGCUCAUGCCACUCCAGAAGAGGCGGAGAAAGAGGCCUUACAGAUGAUUGAUGUGUACAUAAAAUUUGCUUAUGAGCAAGCUGCAAUACCUGUAAUUGCAGGUCGAAAAUCAAAGGUAGAGACAUUUGCUGGUGCUGAUAGGACCUAUACAAUUGAGGCUAUGAUGGGUGAUAGAAAAGCUCUACAAGCUGGGACUAGCCAUAACCUUGGACAGAAUUUUUCACGUGCAUUUGGCACACAGUUUACUGAUGAGAGUGGGCAAAGACAAAAUGUGUGGCAAACAUCAUGGGCUAUCAGCACGCGUUUUGUGGGUGGUAUAAUUAUGACACAUGGUGAUGAUGCUGGUUUAAUGCUUCCACCAAGGGUCGCUCCUAUACAGGUUGUAAUUGUACCAAUCUGGAAAAAGGAAGAAGAGAAAUCAGGAGUUCUCAGUUCUGCCGUUACUGCAUAUGAAGUUCUAAAAUGUGCAGGGAUUAGAGUUAAGGUAGAUGAUUCGGAGCAGAAAACUCCUGGAUGGAAAUUUAACUUUUGGGAAAUGAAGGGAGUUCCUAUAAGAAUUGAAAUUGGUCCACGUGAUGUCUUAAAUAAGAGUGUGGUCAUAUCAAGGAGAGAUAUUCCUGGUAAACAAGGGAAAGUAUUUGGAGUAUCCAUGGAACCUGAUGUUCUGGUUUCUUAUGUAAAGGACAAGUUGGAUGAGAUACAGGCAUCAUUGUUGAGAAUGGCAGCAUCAUUCCGUGAUAGUAACAUUGUGGAUGUCUCAUCAUAUGAAGAACUUAAAGCAGCAAUAUCUGAUGGAAAGUGGGCAAGGGGUCCGUGGUCUGCCAGUGACAAGGAUGAGUUAAAGGUGAAGGAAGAAACCGGGGCAACAAUUAGAUGUUUCCCUUUUGAACAACCUCAAGGGGCGAAAACUUGUUUAAUGACAGGAAAUGCCGCUGAGGAAGUUGCAAUUUUUGCAAAAUCUUACUAGACUGAGAGGGACAGAGGGUCAUGUUGUUGCUGGUUGCACACUAAGUUUUGCUUUGGCGGUUUCCGCAUCGGUUUCUUUGAUCUUAGUUCUUACCCAGACAUGUUUUCUGCGAAGCAGAUGAUUUUGGAACUAUGGACUUGAUUAGGUUUGAUGCACCAAAUGGUUGCUCAUUUUAUAUAUUAUUUUUGUAUCAUUAUUCUCCAUAUUGCAUGAAGAUUGUUGGGAAAUUUUUUCACAAGUGGGAAAUCUGUAGUAAUGGUCUUCUAUUUUGGUAAUAAAUACAUUUAUUAUUUCAA